UUUCCUCGCGACGAUGUUGGGAAUGGGAUGGGUUGGUUCCGUCCCGCAGGAGACAUCGCCAAUUCGCCAUAGCCGCAGCUUAGUGGUCGGACUAUCUGCGAUGGAUUUCCCGCUUAAACCUUAACAGAGUCGCUGCUGAGCAGGCGCUUCCUUUCUCACACGCUUCAUAAGUCAGAUCAUAAGGGAAUAUUUAGUAAUAAUAAGUGAAUAUGAUGAAACGAGAAGUCUGAGAGAGAGGAUUUCUUCCCGGUCGCGGUUGAAGAGAUCUGUCUCAGAUCUAAGAUGGAUCAGAUAUUGAACAAAGUCGGAUCUUACUGGAUCGGCCAGAAGGCUAACAAGCAGCUCGACUCCGUCGGCGACGACAUCAAUUCACUGUCGACGAGCAUUGAAGGGGGAGCGAAAUGGUUGGUCAACAAAAUCAAAGGAAAAAUGCAGAAGCCAUUGGCGGAGCUGCUCAAGGAGUACGGCUUGCCCGUCGGGAUUUUCCCACGAGAUGCGACCAACUACGAGUUCAACGAACAGACGGGGAAACUAACUGUUUUCAUCCCAACGAUGUGUGAAGUUGGAUACAAAGACUCAUCGGUUCUGAGAUUUAACACGACGGUAACGGGGUAUCUGGAGAAAGGGAAGGUGGGGGAAGUGGAAGGGAUGAAGACAAAGGUAAUGAUAUGGGUGAAAGUGACAUGUAUCUCUGCGGAUUCAUCAAAGGUCCAUUUCACAGCGGGUAUGAAGAAAAGUCGAAGCAGAGAUGCUUACGAGGUUCUUAGAGAUGGCGUCGAGGUCCUCAAAUUCUGAAACACUUCACUAUCCAUUUUCCUUCAACCUCUUGUUGUCUUUUACAUAUAUGGGUGAUGCCACCAGUUUCGAGUUACUCCUCUUUGUGUUGUUGAUGGAUAUUGUGGCAAAUUGACGAGUCUUCCUCCUGCCUUGUAUUUUUGGUUAACUAUAUCCAUAUUAUUUUAUUAUUUUAUAAUUUUA